AUGAGUUCCAAGGGUAAAGGAAAGAACAAUAAAGGAGAAACUAGUUCAAAGAAUGAGAGAAUUGCUAUAAUAUCCACCGACAGGUGUAAACCAAAAAAGUGCAAACAAGAGUGCAGAAAGAGUUGUCCAGUGGUCAAGACGGGGAAGUUGUGUAUCGAAGUCACACCUGCAUCCAAAAUCGCAUUCAUAUCUGAAACAUUAUGUAUCGGGUGUGGUAUCUGUGUGAAGAAAUGUCCCUUUGAUGCCAUUACAAUUAUCAAUUUGCCAACCAACUUGGAUGCUGAAACUACCCAUAGAUACUCAGCAAACUCCUUCAAAUUGCAUAGGUUACCUACACCAAGACCGGGACAGGUUUUGGGUUUGGUAGGUACCAACGGUAUUGGUAAAUCGACGGCAUUGAAAAUCUUGGCUGGUAAACAAAAGCCCAAUUUAGGUAGAUAUGAUGAUCCACCAGAUUGGGAAGAAAUUUUGAGAAAUUUCAGAGGUUCAGAAUUACAAAACUAUUUCACUAAAAUCUUGGAAGAUGAUAUCAAAGCCAUUAUCAAGCCACAAUAUGUUGAUAAUAUUCCUCGUGCGCUAGCUAAAUCAAAAGUCAAAGCAGUCGGAGCUAUCUUGGAUUCAAAAAAUGAAAGACCCGACUCGUUUGAGUACGUUUUAAAAGUGUUGGAAUUGAAGCAUGUGUUGGAGAGAGAUGUUGAAAACUUGUCGGGUGGUGAAUUACAAAGAUUUGCUUUGGGUAUCACUUGUGUACAAGAUGCUAACGUUUACAUGUUUGACGAGCCAUCUUCAUACUUGGAUGUCAAGCAAAGAUUGAGAGCUGCCGAAAUUAUAAGAUCGCUUUUAUCUGCAACAACAUAUAUUAUUUGUGUCGAGCACGAUUUGUCGGUUUUGGACUACUUGUCAGAUUUCAUUUGUAUUCUUUAUGGUGCACCAUCGGUUUAUGGUGUUGUUACUUUACCAUCAUCUGUUAGAGAAGGUAUAAAUAUCUUUUUGGAUGGUCAUAUACCUACUGAAAAUAUGAGAUUUAGGACAGAAUCGUUGCAAUUUAGAUUGGCGGAUGCCGCCGAUGACUUAAUCUUGGACAAAUCAAACUCAUUGGAAUACCCAAGUAUGACCAAGACUCAAGGCGAUUUCAAAUUAGAAGUUGAGGCUGGUGAUUUCACAAACUCUGAGAUUCUAGUCAUGAUGGGAGAAAAUGGAACCGGUAAAACUACAUUUUGUAAGUUGUUAGCUGGUGCUAUAUCGCCCGACGGAGGGAAAGAAAUUCCUAAAUUGAAUGUGUCAAUGAAACCUCAAAAGAUUGCACCAAAGUUUACAGGAACUGUGAGACAAUUGUUCUUUAAAAAGAUAAGGGCGUCAUUCUUGCAUCCUCAAUUCCAAACUGAUGUCGUUAAGCCAUUGAAAAUUGAAGAUAUUGUUGAUCAAGAAGUGCAAACUUUGUCAGGUGGUGAGUUGCAAAGAGUGGCCAUCGUAUUGGCAUUAGGUAUACCUGCAGAUCUUUACUUGAUUGACGAGCCUUCAGCAUAUUUGGAUUCCGAGCAGCGUAUUAUUUGUUCCAAAGUUAUUAGAAGAUUUAUUUUGCAUGCUAAAAAGACUGCAUUUAUUGUUGAGCACGAUUUCAUCAUGGCCACAUACUUGGCAGACAGAGUUAUCGUUUUCGACGGUCAACCAUCUAGACAUGCAUUUGCAAGAACUCCAGAAUCCUUGUUGACGGGUUGUAAUAGAUUUUUGAAGAAUUUGAAUGUCACUUUUAGAAGAGAUCCAAAUUCUUAUAGACCAAGAAUUAACAAGUUGGAUUCACAAAUGGAUAAAGAACAAAAAUUGUCAGGAAACUAUUUCUUCUUGGAAAACACUGAGUUGUAA